GUCUACUACAAUAAAAGAAUUUUUGAUUCAGUGGAUGAAUUUAUCAAGUUGUACAAACAUGGAAAUAUCACAAAAAUGAAUCUUCCAGCUCCUGAAGGAAAAGAUCUCACAUUCUCCACUCUGAAAAGACGAGGAACAUAUCUUCAACCUUCACUACCAUUACGCGAAACUGAACAAUUUGAACCGGAUGGUAAACGUUACACAGCAGAAAACAAUCAUAUUGAAUACAUGGGAUGGAGUUUCGAUUUUCGUGUUCGUACCACAUCAGGUGCACAGUUAUUUGAUAUCAGAUUUAAUGGAGAAAGAAUUGUGUACGAAUUAGGCUUGCAAGAACCAGCUGCGUUUUACAGUGGUUAUUCCCCAAUGCAAUCUUACACUAACUAUCUUGAUACCGCCUGGGCCAUUGGUGCUUAUUUUGAACUUGUAAAAGGUGUUGACUGUCCUAAAACUGCGACUUUCUUCGAUGUUGUAUAUUUCGUUGACUCCUCUCAUCCGAGCAAACGUCGUAAUGCUGUUUGCAUCUUUGAACACAAUCUAGCAAUCCCGCUUCGCCGCCAUUUUGAAAAUGACUUUGAAGGUAGUUAUACUUUUUAUGGAGGAAUGCAAGGUACAGGGCUUGUUUUCAGAACAAUAUCCACACCAUAUAACUAUGACUAUAUAUAUGAUUAUAUAUUUUAUCCUAAUGGAGUCAUUGAAGCAAAGGUUUCUACCACAGGGAGUAUACAAUCCACAUUUUGGACACCUGAAGAAGAUGAUUACGGCAAUCAAGUACAUAAAAAUGUCGCUGGUACAAUACAUGAUCAUAUCAUACACUAUAAAGUUGAUCUAGAUGUUGCCGGUCAAAAAAACAGAUUUGAGACUAUAAGCUCAAAAAUUGAAAACAUUUCCUCACCGUGGUUUCCAAAUAAACGUCAUGUUCAAAAAAGACUAGUACGUGAUUUAAAGAAAACUGAAGUGGACGCUGCUUACAAAUUUGAUUUUAAACAUCCAUCGUAUCUGAAUUUUUAUAACUCAGCCGAGAAAAAUGUUCAGGGUGUCCGACGGGGAUAUCGUGUUCAACUCAAUGGUAUACUUCAUCAAUUGUAUCCAGAAAACUGGCAGUUUACAAAUGGUUUCAGUUGGUCGCACUUUCAACUUGCAGUAACAAAAUACAAGAAAACAGAGGAUAGGAGUUCAUCUAUUUAUAACCAAAAUGAUGUGUACAAUCCUGUCGUGGACUUCAAAAAGUUUAUUAUGGAUAACGAGAGCAUUGUAGAUGAAGAUUUAGUUUCAUGGAUAACUGUAGGGGUCAUGCAUAUACCUCAUUCAGAAGAUAUUCCCAACACAUCAACGCCUGGUAAUUAUGCUGGAUUCUUUCUUCGACCAUUCAAUUAUUUCAAUGAAGAUCCUUCAAUAGCAUCAAGAGACAGUGUUUUGAUUACGCCAACUGAUGAAGGUUCAAAGGUUGAUAGGUUUGGUAGACAGCAAGGUUCUCAGUGUGUCCCCCCAGGAGUACCGAUUGAUUACAACGGACGAGUUAUAAAAGACUAG